UCUCACAAGUCCUCACUAGUCUCAUCCGUCCUGUAUGGCUACUUGCACAGGCACACGCCGAUUGAUCCCAACAAUGGCGAGCCGUUCUCUCACCCCUUUCCAGCUCACUGCCACCCUCUUCGUGGCACUCCUUGCCACCUGCCACGCGGGCAGCAUCGCCGUGUACUGGGGCCAGAACGACGGCGAGGCGUCGCUGGCUGAGACGUGCGCGUCCGGGAACUACGAGUUCGUCAUCCUCGCUUUUCUCCCAAAAUUCGGCAAGGGCCAGACGCCGCAGCUGAACCUUGCCAGCCACUGCGACCCUUCCUCCGGUGGUUGCAGAGGCCAGAGCAAGGACAUCAAAGAGUGCCAGAGCCGCGGCGUGAAAGUCCUGCUCUCUAUCGGCGGCGGCGACGGUAGUUACGGCCUCUCGUCCCCCGGCGACGCACAGCAGGUUGCCAGGUAUCUCUGGAACAACUACCUUGGCGGCACGUCCUCGUCCGGUCCCCUCGGUGACGUCGUGCUCGACGGCAUUGACUUUGACAUCGAGCAAGGCAGCGCCAAGUUCUGGAACGAUCUGGCCGCGGACCUGAAGAACUUAGGAAAGAACGGAGGCAAGACCGUGUUGCUGAGCGUGGCACCGCAAUGCCCGUUCCCAGAUGAAUGGGACGGCGGUGCGAUCAGCACGGGAUUGUUUGACUUUGUGUGGGUGCAGUUCUACAACAAUGAGGAAUGCCAGUUCAGUGCGGGACGCGGGGCAUUCAUGGACGCGUGGAAGAAGUGGGAGUCGGUGCCGGCCGGGAAGAUCUUCCUGGGGCUGCCGGCCUCCAAGGACGCGGCAGGCACGGGGUUCGUCCCUGCCGGAGAGCUCACCUCACGUGUGCUGCCGCUCAUCAAGGGCUCUCCAAAGUACGGUGGUGUCAUGCUAUGGUCCAAGUUCUAUGACGAUCGCACGGGCUACAGCUCGGCCAUCAAGAGCGAUGUGUGAUUCUCACUAAUAUGUUCGCCCGAGUAGUGUGUUGCAUGUGGGUAUCUUUGUAAGUACGAUGUUCUUUGGUCUUUUCAUCUUUGUACUUAUGUAUUUGUGUGUGCAUAUUAUUUGUCCAUAUCUCGAAUUUGUUA